UUCAGUUUUGGUGCUCUCCUUUUUCCAGGGGGGUCACACACACACAACACCUAAGACUGCUCCACACAAGCAUCAAAGCACCAUGUCCUCUCGUCCUAUAACGAUAGUGUCCUCUGGAGGGAGCACGGGGCUCAACUACAAUGGGGUGAAGAUGCACGGCACUCGGCUCUCCUUGAAGCCCAAACACCCGCAGGAGGAGGAGGAGGAGGACAGAGAGUCCGGCAUGGGCUCCACCCUUGACCUCAGCAGCAGCUUGGAGUGCUACAAGCAACAUACCAAUCACCUCUCCGGCAAACCUUCACUCAGGGAGGCAGGCAGACUCCCUAAAGAGAAAGACAGCUCUCCACAGGCCUCAGCAGUGAGUCCCAACAACACCAAGCAGCUCCUCAUCAAUCUAUCCAAGCUCCCUCUCCUCCUCGUCCUCUUCUUCCUCUUUGUCUGCUCCCUGGACACCCUGAGCUCUGCCUUCCAGUUAGCAGGGGGUAAAGUGGCGGGGGGCAUUUUCCAGGACAAUGCGGUGCUGUCUAACCCCGUGGCGGGGCUGGUGGUGGGGAUACUGGUGACUGUGCUCGUCCAGAGCUCGUCCACCUCCACUUCCAUUGUCGUCAGCCUGGUGGCCUCCGGAUUGCUAGAAGUGAGGUCGGCCGUUCCGAUCAUCAUGGGGUCCAACAUCGGGACUUCAGUCACGAACACCAUAGUGGCCAUGAUGCAAGCAGCAGAGAGGGACGAGUUUCAACGCGCCUUUGCCGGGGCAACGAUCCACGACUGCUUCAACUGGCUGUCGGUGCUGGUUCUGCUGCCGCUGGAGGUGGCCAGCGGCGUCACGACCCGGCUGUCACACCUGCUGGUCGGCUGCUUCGAGCUGCAACCGGGGGAGGAAGCACCUGAGCUGCUCAAGGUCAUCACCGAGCCAGUCACCAAGCUCAUCAUACAGCUGGACCAGUGUGUGAUCACAGGGAUCGCCAUGGGAAAUGAGGACAUGAGGAACAGGAGCCUGGUGAAAGAAUGGUGCCAGACUGACCUUGUUACGUCCACGGUUAAUGUGAGCGCUGCAAACUGUGGUCAUGACUUGUCCCGGCCGUCUCUGAAGUGUGGGCAUUUGUUCGCGUCUACCGGACUGUCGGACCUCACCGUGGGCCUGAUCCUCCUGGCAGGCUCUCUGGCGGCCCUCUGUACCUGUCUGCUGCUUCUGGUCAAACUGCUCAACUCUCUUCUUAAAGGCCAAGUCGCAAAGAUCAUCCAUAAAGUCAUCAACACAGACCUGCCGUAUCCGUUCGGGUGGCUGUCAGGAUACAUGGCCAUGUUUGUGGGUGCAGGGGUGACGUUCGUGGUCCAGAGUAGCUCCGUCUUCACUUCAACCAUGACUCCCCUCGUAGGUAUCGGAGUGAUCAGCCUGGAGCGGGCCUAUCCUCUCACCCUCGGGUCCAACAUCGGCACCACUGCCACGGCCCUGCUGGCAGCUCUGGCCAGCCCUGGGAACAAACUAGCAGCUGCCUUACAAAUUGCUCUCUGUCACCUCUUCUUCAACGUCUUUGGCAUUCUGCUGUGGUAUCCUCUGCCCUUCACGCGCCUGCCGAUAAGGAUGGCUCGCGUCUUGGGUGAGCGCACCGCCAAGUACCGCUGGUUCGCGGUCUUGUACCUUCUCCUGUGCUUCUUGCUCCUGCCCUCGCUGGUGCUGGGCCUCUCGCUGGCAGGCUGGCAGGUGAUGGCUGGUGUCGGGGCUCCUUUCUUGGGCGUGACCGUCUUCAUCACCAUGGUGAAUGUGAUGCAGGCCCGUAGCCCUCGCCACCUGCCCGCCAAGCUCCAGAGCUGGGACUUCCUGCCCCAGUGGAUGCGCUCUCUCAAACCGCUCGACCGCCUCAUCACCAAGGCGACCGUCUGCUGCGGCUCUGCAGGCGAGGAGGGGCGGGGAGAAGAAGAAGAAGAAGAAGCAGAAGAAGAGGAGCAUAUAUCGACACAGACGACCUCCGUGAACACGCAGAAAGAGUCUGCUGCCCAGAGGAAGGCUCACCUGGCUUAUGACAACCCGGUCCUGGACUACCUGGAUGAGGGCGUACCAGUGAGGGUGUUUAAAUUAAAAGGCUUAGAGAGGUGCAACAGCACUCCACUAUAGGCAGACUUUGAUCGAGGGAAGGAAAAAGAUUUUAUAAUGUUUUGGAAAUAAUUGACUGAUAAUUAGAAGAUAGCCUCCUAAAGCCAGGCUAAAUGUCACGAGUUCAGUAUGAGAUUUUCAUCCAACUGAGCGAGCUCAAUCACAGCCCACUCUCAUUCCCAGGGCGUUAAAUACCAACGCUUUAUCACGACCGUACGAAACGCCCCGGCCGUUCCAUUAACUACAAUGCGGCAAACCCAUCUGCGGCAUUAGUAAACUCUCCGAGAAAGUGCGCCGGGAGUGUGGUGACGUAGUUUAAAGAGCAAAAGAGAGGGGGUGGUGUAUGGGUCCAACAAACACAAGGCUUUCAUCCAGGAAACCUCUGUUCGUGUCCCAUGCUGUGAAUU